CCUAUCCCGCCUAUUCGUAUCUUUACCACCUUCACCUAGCUCCGACUGCAGACGAAAUUUUCGGAGGGAUUCGAAGUACCGCACGAAUCGCUCAUUUUGAUCUGAAUAUUAUUUAUUGACGACUACAGUACCUUACCUGACUAGCGUUUUCACGCAUUUAUUUGUAGAAAUUUAUUUAUUUCGAGAUAGGUGAAUAUCUAUUAACGUAUAAUGACAAGAUCAAAGAUAGAAUUGGGGGAUGUUACACCCCACAACAUAAAGCAAUUGAAACUGCUUAAUCAAGUCGUAUUUCCCGUCUCGUAUAACGAGAAAUUCUACAAAGACGUCUUGGAGGCUGGCGAGCUGGCUAAACUCGCUUACUAUAAUGACAUUGUGGUAGGGGCUGUGUGUUGUCGUGUAGAUACCUCAGAGAACUCGCGCCGUUUGUAUAUAAUGACUUUGGGAUGUUUGUACCCUUAUAGACGAUUGGGGAUCGGCACUGUUAUGGUACAACAUGUACUUAAUUAUGUCUCGAAAGACGGGAAUUUCGACUCGAUAUUCCUUCACGUACAAGUUAACAACGAGGGGGCUAUUGAUUUCUACAAAAAGUUCGGCUUUGAAGUUGUUGAAACGAAAAAACAUUACUACAAACGUAUCGAACCUGCAGAUGCACAUGUGUUACAAAAAACUUUGCGCCCGCCAACAACAGCUAACCAUCAAAAUCAAUCAGCAAGUCAAUGAAUAAAUUCUCUUCAUGUAUCAAUCUUCCAUCAUCUGUUUUCAUCGUAUAAUGUUAUCUGCUGUACAAAUUGUCAAUAAAAAUUGUUCCUUAUA